UCUGUUUUUGUGGCUGAAGUCCUUCGCCGCUGUGUGUGCGCUCGCCUCGCCCGCAGAUGACGGCGCAGCUCUGCGCGCCUCUGCAGGAGCGAACAAAGCUGCGGCAUCUCCUCCCGCUGUCUGCGGGCCUCUGUCUGCGUGGAGGAAGAGGAGGAGGAGGAGGAGGGCGGGAAGGGGGUAGCGGAUUUUGGACGGUGCCGCUCUUCCUCCCUCCUCGGCUCCUUUCUGCUCGCCUAACGUUGUUUGCACUAAUUGGAUCCGGACCGGACAGCGGGCAGAGGCCGAGCCCGUGAGGGGGAAAGUGACCUUCAGUAAACCUGGUGACGCUUGUUGUUGUCCGGAUUUUGGGCAGUUUCUGCGCGUGCUGUUGCGCAGCGCGGACACUGACGCAGCAAGAAGAAGGGGAUGGUCAACUGAUCGGGCGCAUCCAUAGGUGAACGUGCGCACAAAGGCGCAUCCGUGUGCGCAGCGCAAGAUGAUGUCGCUGAUAGAUCUUGACGAUGACCAGAGAUGGGUGCCCACGCACGUGAAUGUCACCGUUCUCCGCGCGCGGGGACUGCGCACCAAGGGCAAGCACGGCAGCCGCUACCUCUACACCAUCAUCCAGCUGGGGAAGGAGAAGUACACCACCGGGCUGGUGGAGAAGGCGGAGGUGCCCGUGUGGAAUGAGGAGUGCUGCUUCGAGCUGCUCCCCGGAGUGCUGGAGGACGGGGGCUGCAGCGCGUAUCCUCCGGGGAGCGGGAACCUGGUCGUCACGGUCAUGCACCGGGUGCUCAUCGGCCUGGACGUCUUCCUGGGUCAAACCAUCAUCCCUCUCGACAGGACCUUUCAGGACGGAGUCUGUCCCAGAGAAGAAUGGUUUAAGCUGAAUUCCAAGGCAGGGAGGAAGGAUAAGGAGCGUGGCGAGCUUCAGCUCACCGUCCAGUUCACUCGCAACAACAUGACAGCCAGCAUGUUUGAUCUCACCAUAAAGGACAAACCCCGGUCUGCAUUCGGCAAGCUCAAGGACCGUGUCACUGGCAAGAAGAGAGGGGACAUGGAGUCUUCCUCAGCCAUCGUGCCGGGCCGCUACGCAGCCUUGUCGGGGUCGCUUGGGCCGCCCUUUGGAGAGGAGGGUGGGGGACCGACAGAGUCACAGGAUUCAGACAUAACCGAGGAGAAGAGGAACAAGAUGAAGGAUUUUUUCAAAGGGAGGCUAAGAAAGUCGUCAGACACCAGGUCAUGCUCGUCCUUGGCCUCAGAGACCAGUAUGUCUUCCAUGACCAGUGAUAACCUCGGCCCCCCACCCAGUCUGGGUCUGCUGUCCGACCCCCCCAGCUCUCCCAUCUACACGAGCAAAGUGAGAGUCAACCCCCAGUAUGGAGACGCAGAUUUAGCCAAGAAAGUCCUUACAAGUCAGCACACCACCAAGGUUCUGACACACAAACGAGCCUUCAGCGAUGAAGUGGGAAUGAUCACAACAGCCUCUCUUCCACCAAAUGCUGCAGUGGAGACUCUCAAAGGUCAAACCAUGACUCAGUCCAAGUCUUCGCUGUGUAUAAAUGGAAGCCACGUCUACGACUCAGAGCCAUCCACUCCAAAAAGCUCUGGUCCGCUCCCGACCAAGCUGGUUCUUCUGGAAAAAUACUCACCGCUCUCCCGCUCCCUGCAGAAUCUCACUAAGAGAGGGGAGGACAAAGGCUCCUUUGGAGAAAGCAGACGAUGGUCCUUCGACAAGUUUAAGAAGGAGGAGAAAGAAGAAGAGAAGACCGCUCAGCCUUCCUCCAUCCUUCAGGAGGCGUCGGCAGGUGGGCGCCCCAUGCAAGCGGCCACGCCAAUUGUCUCUGCUUCCAUUUUAUCUGACAAAGGGAGGAAACUCCGAUUUUUCUCGUCAGGUAGAAGUGACUCUCUCCCAGCUAAGACAGACACGAAUCAGACCGGUUCUGCAGCUGAGGGGAGGCUCAGAGGCUGGUUCGGCGCUGGUGACUCCCAGAACAAACCAAGGCUGGAAGUUUCUCCUAAUGUAGAAAGCAGCUCAGAUGCACCCAUUCCUGCCCCUCCUUGCUCCCCUGCACCUCCUCAGUGCUCCUCACCCCCUGCAUCCUCCUCCCGCCAUGCCUCACCCGACAAAUGCGGUGACAUUAACCUCUUCACCCCCUCUCCUUCGCCUUGCUCCCCCCCCCUCUCACCUUCGAACCCUUUCUUCCAACAUAUGCAGCGCAACCCCUUCUUUGAGGCUCUUAUAGCCGAAGAGUUGCAGACGUCACCUACUUUUGGGUCGCGCACCUAUUCCGGCUUAUCCCGCUUCCUUGACGCCGCUGGCCCGGCCCAGUGCGGAGCAGCCGGCGGCGCUUCGGAAGUUAGCUCUUCAAAAGUGGCUUCCAUAAAACGGGAGCGCCCAAGGUCGGUCUCUAGGCAGGGAUCACUGCCUGCUUUACACAAGGCAGUCCUCCCCGAGUCCCCCAACCACUCUGCCUCCCGCUCCACACUAGACAGUGCAGUAGAGUGGGAGGAGUCUUUUGAUGCCUUUGCUUCCAGCAGGCUUAACAUUCCUACAGACAGUGUUCCUUCAAAACAACAAAAAAACAUCCCGCCCUCAUGCAAAACAAGUUCAGUUAAUAACAACAUUGAUGCACAAGAACUGAGAGCAGUAAACGAGGAGCCGCCUCCUUUACCCCCAAGGCGACUUUUAAGGACUCCAGUGAAUGAGAUUUUCUCUGACGGCUGGCUGCAUAGAGGCCAGGAACUGGCUGUCCAUAAGGAAGCCUACCUCCUCUCUCAGACUGGAGCAGCCUCCCUGCAACACGGCAAAGACGGCGAAUGCAAGCAAAGCAGGACAUCUCCAGACGCUCAUACAAGCAGCGAGGUGUCCGACUCCCUCAGCGCCCCCUCUCACACAAACGCCAGCUCGCCUGGAUUCACCCCUGAAGAGCAGUUCAGGAAGUUCAAGUACAAACCUCUGGAAGAUGACAGUCAUUGCUGGGCAGGGACGCUGUAUGAGCAAGACUUGUUUGGACACGUGUUCAGAGGAAAAUAUAGUCAGGCCAUGAUUGAGCAGGACCUUUUCUCAAUGAACGCAGAAGGAAUUGCUGGAAAUAAGAUCAAAUCUAACCCUCUGGACUGUGAGGUACCCGUUUGUGAGUUGACCAGCAAGUCAUGUAUCACUACUUCCAAAGCGCCAGAUAGUUCUAGCACUAAUGAACAGGAGAUAGUAGAUUUGGAUCUACGUAAAGCCACAUGCCUUAACACCAAUAUGUAUUAUUCAUUAACUACGGGAGAUCUGAACAUGAAUGUGAACAAUUCAGACUUUGAUUUUAUUGACUCUGACAGAUCUUCUCAAUCAGGUGUAGCUGAAAUAGAAAAAAAUAAAAUUUCAGGUGAGACUGUUACAUUGACAGAUUCACAGGUGUCCGUUUACAAGAACAGAACUGAGAACAUUUACACUCUGAAGGAAACCUACAUACCCACCACAAACUCUUCUUUUGAAAUAACUGCAUCUUCAAAUGAACUGCAAUCACCAACAAUUUGCCGAGACAACCAUCAACACCAUGAGACCAACACUGCACCAUGUGGUCACUGCAGGGUAAACGGUAAAGGGGUCGACUCAUUAAAGUCCACAACUCCAUUUGAUGUUAAGAUGGACUGCAAAGAACACGAAAAACUUAAUGAAUUUAACAGAACCCAUAAAGACUGUGACGACAACGGGAACCUGCAACACGAGUCAGCCAAACCGAACCAGAGCCAAUCAUUUUCAGGUGUUGCUAGCGCAAGAAUCAGACCAAAAGGAACGUCCCGACAAAACAGUAACGACAGCCCAAGAAGCCAAAGCAAAAACGGGGACAGACACCUUGAGCAGUUCUUGUCUCUCGUUCAAAACACUUCAGAAAUUGGCGAAGACCACCAUAGAUCGGAAAAACCAUCUGAGAUAAGCUUUGAAGACCUUCACGCACACGUGGCACCCAACUGCAGAACCCCCGUCAAGUCAAAGAUUGAAAAAUCUUUGACGCAGCAUGAACAUUGUUCUUCCAACACCCCUUCUGCACUCUGUUUGUUAGCUGAUACCUCAAUCUGCUCCCCAAAACCUCCUUCGAGUGCGGGGUCCAUUUCUGGGGGUCCCCACACCUCCUCUAACUCCCCCGCCACCGACCAGCCCCCGAUCCAUGCACGCCACUCACCUCCACCUGAGGAGACACAGCCUGCUUGUAAUCUUCCCCUCCAACAGAGCAGGCCCCACCCCGUGAAACCUUUAACAUCCACCCAAUCGGAAAAGAAAGAGAAUCGCUCAGUUCUUGAGAAGCUCAGGUCUACCAUCGCUCCAGGACGGUCCACCCAGCAAACCUCAGCAGAACCCGAGAACAGUCAGGCGGAGAUGCUGGAAAGAGUGACCCACUACCAACACCUGACCAACAUGGAGCUGAUCUCCCUGCUGCUGCAGCAGGAGAUGGACAUGCAGAAGCAGCAGGUGGCUUCAGACCAGCAGGGGGCGCAACUGGAGAAGUGUGAGGCUGAGCUGAAAAAGGUCAAAGCGCAGGUUCGAGACCUGGAGGACUACAUUGACAAUCUGCUUCUGAGAAUCAUAGAGCAAACGCCCACUCUGCUUCAAGUGCGCGCACGACACAAGUGAGAGCAGUGCUGGCGUGCACGGAAACUGUUUAUGAGCGACGCUCGUUGUUCCUGAGGCAGAGGAGAUGUUCCACAGGUCCUGAGAGGUUCUCACAAUCAUCCAGGUUUUCUCACCACUAAUACUGCCCUGUUGAUGUAGACGAGCCAUUCCUCACCAUGCAUGCAGGUUGGGCAAACAUGAAAAAAAAAAGCAUAGCAGCCUGAUUUUGAUAGAACGCUUCCAGAAAAGCAGACUGGAAACGUUGGACAUCUUGAUUGUAGAAUAAAUUUAAAUAGUCUGCUUUAAGCUAUACCUGCUUUCACACGCUUAGGUUAAAAAAUGAAACAUUUUGGGACUAAAAAAAGCAAGAUUUGACCAGCUCCAGCUUUAAAAACAGUAAUCUUUGAAAAAUAAGCUUUUAUUGAUCCUCUGAGUUUUCAGUAUUUAGAAAAACAGCAAUUUAUGAGAAACUGCCCUGUAAUGUCACAGAUAACUAUGACUUUGAUGAAUGACUGGGAAAUAUCUGUUUUAUGAGUCAUUAGUUCUAGGUGAUGUUUUUUUUCUCUCUCACUCUUUUUUAGAUUUUAUGGUACCCCUCCUUUAAAAUUCAGGAUUUACCUCUAGAAAAAAAUGAUGCAGUAAGAAGUUAAAUUAUGAUCACACUUCUGAUCCAGUCAUUUUGUCAUAAUGUAAUCUAGCACCACUGUAGUACUACCGUAGCAUCCUGCAAUGCUUUACAUGACCGCAGUACUGUAAUAAAAAGAAGCGCACACAAACCUCACA